CUGCAAUUUUUGUCUCUUAAACCUCCCUCUCUGUGUGUUUUGUCUACACUGUUAUAGCGCAGUAAAUUCCGCUGUUUCUAGCAGUAGCUGUCAUUGCUUUGUUUUUUUUUUUGUUUUUUUCAAAUAAAGUUUUCCUGGAAAAUACAUGUUUUCCUUUUCUAUCACAACCAAACACCUUUCUCUUCCUUCAACAACUUCCUCCUUUGAAAACUCUUGCUAUUUUGUUCUUCCUCCUUUUUCAUGCUUUGUUUCCAGCUCUGCUGCAAAUCGCCGUCGUUUAGUCUUGUUUUGAAAAGAUCUUCUCCCUCCCUCGUGAGACCGCGACCUAGACAGGUUUUAUAGGUAAUUUCAGAGAAAGACAGCGAGAUAGAGAGAGAAACAUCUUAUCAUAAACCAAAGCUAUAUCCGAGCCAGACUCACUCGUUUUGUUUUCACUGAGUUUCGAGCUGUUAUUAUCACUAGUCAGUCUAUCUUAUAGUCUUUGACUUUUUGGAGACGCCUUUUCUUUUGAGAGUUUCAAGAAGAGGAAGAAGAGAAGAGAAGCUUUUGGUUCCUUUUUGUUUUUUUGAGUCUCCAUGAGUUUUCCUUCUUCGACGAUGACAACUGUGGUUUCGAAGACAAUCGGCGUCGUUUUGGUGAUGAUCUUCUUGCUCGCUAUACUACUGUCCACGUUUUCAUUUUCCUCUGGUUUGGCUAAAGACGGAGGUGGAUUCAGGGGUUCGUCGAGUCACGUAUUUCUUCACGAGGGAGGGAACUACACGGCCCCUGCCCCACAUCGCAAGCUCCUUGUUCGCUCAAUGGCAAUGGAGGAGCCUAACAGGAUAGGAGAAAAGUGUACCAGCGCUGAUAUAGUGGUAAGUCAGGGACCCACAGCCCCUCUUUCCAGUGGCAUACCUACUUACACUGUUCAGAUCAUGAACAUGUGUGCCACUGGUUGUGACAUAUCCGGAAUUCACCUCAACUGUGGCUGGUUCAGCUCUGUUCGCCUCAUCGACCCCAAGAUAUUCAAGCGCCUUCGCUACAAUGACUGCCUUGUUAACGAUGGAAAGCCUUUGGUAACCGGCGGCACUCUCACCUUUCAGUAUGCCAACACAUUCUCUUACCCUCUGGGAGUCUCUUCUGUAGUUUGUCAUUGAAGAAUAUACGAAGACCAAAAGGUAGUACGUAUCUCUAACAAUAACAAGCAGCAUUAUCAUUUAGCACCCGCAACGGGAUUUUGGUCAAGCACUCACUGCCCCUGGGGAGGCCGUUGUGUAUUUUGUGGGUCUCCUGCCACUUGGCUGGAUGGACAUUUUUUGGGGAUAUUGGAUAGUUUGAGAGGUUUAGGAUACGGUAUAGAGAGAGGCCUGGAAGCUGAAUUGGGAGAUCAGUGAAAGAGGGCCAAACAAUUGGAGGUGAUUUUGAUUUUUUGUUUUGGGGUGACCUAUCUGUAUAUGGUUUAUAUACUAGCAAGUUAGUAUAGUAGUUAAUAUUGGAUGGUGAGACAUGCCAAGAUUUGCAAGUGUGAUUAGAGAUCAUGUUUUGUCUUGUUUGUUCGUUAUGGAUAGAAAAUGGUUUCGGCUGGCUCAUUGGCUGCAUCUGUUUUACCCUUGUUUUUGGAUAUAAUAUCAUCACUGCAAGCACACUGGCAAGUUUUAUCUCCA